CUGUGUGUGUGUUGUCAAUGUGUAGAAGUCAUGUGACGCUCCUGUGACUUUAUUUCCGUUCACUGCGUAUUUACCCCAGACCGGGCUCAGAGAUAGCCAGCCUUCACAUUUGGAUGUUGGCCAACCGCGCAGUGACGCUUUUCCGUCGUCUCAUACCAGUAUAGAACGUGACAACAAGCACCGAACGAACCUCCAGGGUCCAGUCACAGAAUCAUAGUCAUUCAGCGGCUGAGAGCAGUACGCGCAACAUCACCCCUCAAGCACUAACAGCAGUUGAAGGUGUGAACAUCAAGGCAGCGAGAUGACACAGGAGAUGGACAAGGUGUUGUAUGACAGUGUGAAGCAGCUGGAGUUGUCUGAAGCUGAACUUCGCCGCUUUUGUUACCCACGCCCUCACUCGCAGUCCAAAAAAUGUCAGCUCUUCAACAUCAACAAGAGCUACAACAAUGUGAUGCCAGGUCCCCUCACCCGCACCUGUAAGCGCUGCGGGAAAGUGUACCACAUUGACAAACACGGUCAUCACAUAAUACAAGAGACGUGUGCACACCACUGGGGUAAACUGUCAAGGACAUUAUCGCCCUACUACUACUGCUGUAAGCGACCACGCUACUCCGAACCCUGCACCACUGCCGAGCAUCACGUUACGGAAGAAAUAGACCCUGAUAAUUUAACAGGUUACAUCCACACGGGACGCGACAGUAGUGUUAAUACAAUUGGUAUAUACGCCCUGGACUGUGAGAUGGUCUACACGACAGACGGAAUGGAUGUUGCCGCUAUCUCUGUUGUGGAUUGGAAGCGUCGGCUGGUGUAUGAGACACUGGUUAAACCUGACGCUCCCAUAGUGGACUACAACACAAAAUUAUCGGGGCUCACUGAGCAACAGUUCAGGAAAGUCACGACGCAACUACACGACGUCCAUAAAAAGUUGCUGACGCUGUUCGGUAGUCACUCCAUCCUGGUCGGUCACGGACUGGAUCACGACCUUAUGCGGCUAAAAGUUAUACAUGACCACGUGGUGGACACCAGCAUCCUGUAUCCUCACCCAAAGGGGCUUCCUAUACGCAACUCACUGUCUUUCUUGAAGGAAAGGCACCUAGGUCUUGGCAAGACUUCCAACUUUGCCUACAAGUGCCGGGGCGACGCUGAGGCAACCAUGAUGCUCGUUCUAGCUAAGCGUAAUAAGGGGAGGCGACAGUAUAAUUGUUGAGGUACACUGUUAUAGUCGGACCUUGGAAAACCUACAGUAUAGUGUUAAGUACCAACACUCCCAUCAUCUGUGGUGAUGUGAUAUUUUUUUGUAAGUUUACUAUUAAUUACAACAAGAACCAAAUUAAUGUUUAUUGUGUCACACUUAACCUUGUGAACUGUCUGUGUCUCGGUCAAUAACACCUGUUAACUAUCGGUAUGUGUGUGCUAGUAACACCUGUGAAGUAUGGGUGUGUGUAUGUUGGUAACACCUGUGAAGCAUGGGUGUGUAUGUCGGUAACAUCUGUGAAUUAUGGGUGUGUAUCAGUAUCACCUGUGGAGUAUGAGGGUGUUUGUCAGUAACACCUGUGAAGUAUGGGUGUAUCAUUAAUACUUGUGAAGUAUGGGUGUGUCAACACCUGUGAACUAUGUGUGUGUGUGAGAGUUAUGGGUGUGUGUCGGUAACACUGUCAACUAUGGGUGUGUGUCAGUAACACCUGUGAGUUAUGGGUGUGUCAGUAACACCUGUUAACUAUGGGUGUGUGUCAGUAACGAUUGUGACUUAUGGAUGUGUCGGUAACGCCUGUUUUUUUUUUGUCACAACCACAAAUGAUGUUUUGUUACAUUACGGUAAGUGUCAAUUACCUGAACUAUCAAAAGUUUUUGUUUCAGUUCUGGUUGUAUUAUAAAAAAGUAAUUUGUUAUUAAUUGCCAAAAGUUUUUAAUUACUAAAAGUGAUUUUACGUAUCAGAAGAUGUUUUAAUUAACCAAAGAAAAUGUUUACUUAAUUUUUUUAUUGUUUAAUACGAAAAGUGUUUGUUACUACCCAAUAUUUUUGGUUAUUACAAAAAGUGCUUUUACUUGUUAUUAGAGCCCGGAUGUUAGGCAAAAUGCGAUAAAUGCCCAUAUUUGCCUAUUUUGUUGAAUAAUUAACCCAUUUUGUUGAAUUAUGCCUACAAUGCUUAUUUUAGUGUUUUCUGUUAUUUGUCAAUAAGGAAUAAAUUAUUUAUCUGCAAUUAGUACGAUUGUAUGGGAGGAAGGAAGGUAAUGUGGCUGUAUACAUACUUUUAGUGUGCGAGAUUUCAUUUAUGUUGAAUAAAGCCUACCAGUACUUA